CCUCUUGCGCCUCCUGCUGUCCUGCCCAGAUGUCUAUGUGAUUGGAUUCGGUGGCUCCACUGCUGCACCUGCGCAAGAACGCGCAGACCAAUGAUUGAUACCGCGGUUCCCAGCGCACGCAACCGCCCCGUCGCAGUUGUCCAGAUAAAAUGGUACCGCGACCCCUCGCGCGGGGGAGACAGACUGUCUACUAUUUAAGAUAUCACAGCAGUGCCCCCUCUGGCAGUUCGGUUCAAAGCAAAUUCGAACCACAAUCUUACACACCAUGGCCUGGCCGAACAAGAACAAAGACAUGCUCUACCGCCGUGUAGGCAAUUCCGGCCUGCAUGUCUCUGCGCUGGGACUGGGAGGCUGGUUGACAUUUGGAGGCCAUGUAGACAACGAAAUCACCUUUCAGUGCAUGAAGCAAGCCUACGAUUGCGGAAUCAACUUCUUCGACACGGCAGAGAGCUAUGCGGGAGGACAAUCCGAGAUCGUUAUGGGCCAAGCAAUCAAGAAAUUCGGCUGGAAGCGCAGUGAUCUCGUGAUUAGCACGAAGCUGAACUGGGGCCUCGCCAACGGGGAAAUCCUCAUCAACAACCACGGGCUUUCGCGCAAACACAUCGUCGAAGGCACGCGGGCCUCGCUGGAGCGCCUCCAGCUGGACUACGUGGACAUCAUCUACGCACACCGGCCGGACCGACUCACGCCCAUGGAGGAGACGGUGCGGGCGUUCAACCAUGUCAUCGAGAAGGGGUGGGCGUUCUACUGGGGCACGUCGGAGUGGUCGGCGGACGAGAUCAGCGAGGCGUGCGGGAUUGCGCGCGCGCUGGGGCUCAUUGCACCCAUCGUCGAGCAGCCGCAGUACAACAUGCUGACGCGGCAGAAGGUCGAGGGCCAGUUCCAGCGGCUGUACUCGCGCUGCGGGAUCGGGUUGACCGUCUUCUCGCCGUUGAAGAUGGGCCUGCUGAGCGGCAAGUACAACGAGGCCACCACACAGCCGCCGCCGGGGUCGCGGUUCGCCGAGAGCAACGACAAGUACGCCAACUACGUGCGGAGCGAGUGGGAGUCCGAGUGGGCGGGCACAAUCAAGACGGUGGUUGGUCUGCAGACGCUGGCGGAUAAGCUCGGGGUGAAGCUGUCGCAGCUGGCGUUGGCGUGGUGUCUGAAGAACGAGAAUGUCUCGUCGGUGAUCACGGGGGCGUCGCGGCCGGAGCAGAUUGUGGAUAACGUGGAGAGUCUGAAGUUGUUGCCGCGGUUGACACCGGAGGUGAUGGCGGAGAUUGAUGAGUAUUUGCAGAAUAAGCCUGAGGCUGACCCUGCGCGACAGGAUUAGUUGCCGUUUGAGAGCUGGGCAGUGUAGGUAAUGUAGAAAAGCAACUUCAAUGAAAUGGAC